GGUGGUAGGUGGUAGGGUCCGGUGGUCUGGUGGUCCAUGGGUUAUUAGUUAUUUCACUCGAAAACGGGAAACCCAACGGGAAACCUAAGAUUUGGGGUAGAGCUAUCGCAAAAGUCGCAAAUGUGUCCUGGACAAGAAGUCGAAUGAGUCGAAGGAUUUAAUUAACACUUCACUCCAUCCUGACCUUCAUCUAUUUCUAUUAUUGCGCUUGUCAGUCUGAUCUGAUAUUACAUGAUAUAUUCUAGGUACUUUGGCUGAAAUUCAGCCUUCUAAAAUCAACAACAACAAAGAUGGCAACUUCUCAUAACUCGCUCCGGGAUCGUCAGAUCAGUAUGUAAAUAUAUCCCAAAUCUUCCUGUUCUUCAGCAUCGUUCGGUACUAACAAUCUGGUUACAGGAUCAAUUGAGCGCAUGCUAAAUUUGAAUCAUGAAUCUCCCGAAUCUGCGAAUGCCCACGAUCAAACUUCACAUACUGGAAUUGCUGUCCCAUCAGUACCAAUUCUAAAUGAAGAUGGGGAGCCAAUAUGGAAAGUCUUGGUCUUUGAUGACUUAGGACGAGAUGUUAUAAGCAGUGUACUACGGGUCAGUGAUUUAAGAGCCUGGGGAGUUACAAUGCAUAUGUAUGUUCAUGCGCGGGGAAACAAGAGCUUAGAUGUUACUUCAGAAGUACUGAUGAAAUUAGGCAUAUAUCAGCAAAUCGUCAUCCUAUUCCAGAUGUCCCAGUAUUAUAUUUAGUCGAACCUACUGAAGCAAACCUAAGGGGCAUCACCAGUGAUCUCACGAGAGGUCUCUAUUCCCCUGCCUACAUCAACUUUCUCUCCUCGAUACCCCGCGCAUUACUAGAAGACUUCGCAAAACAAACGGCAGAAGCUGGAACAUCAGAAAAUAUUGCUCAAUUCUAUGAUCAGUACCUUAAUUUCAUUGUGGGCGAACCAGAUUUAUUCAGUCUUGGUAUGAGAAAAGAGAAUACCUAUUGGGCAUUGAACAGCGCAAAGACAAAGGAUGAAGAAUUGGACAAUGUGGUUGAUAGGAUUGUCAGUGGACUUUUCAGUGUUAUGGUCACAAUGGGUAAGAUCUUUAGUAUUUGUAUAUUCACAUUUAACUAACGUUCAAAAAGGGGCCAUGCCAAUAAUUAGAUGUCCUCCUGGUGCAGCCGCAGAAAUGAUUUCUGCUAAGCUCGAUCGAAAAUUACGAGAUCACAUCCUCAAUUCGAAAGACAAUCUAUUCUCUGCCCCAAGCAAUCGACAGUCUACCACUGCGCCUUCUUCGCGACCUGUUCUUAUUAUCCUUGAUCGAAAUGUUGAUUUAAUACCUAUGCUUUCGCAUUCUUGGACAUAUCAAUCACUCGUACACGAUGUUCUAAAAAUGAAAUUAAAUCGAAUUACUGUCGAGACGCCAAUUGAUGAGGAGAAUCCAGCAAAGGGUACAACUAAGAAGGCUUACGAUUUAAAUGCAAAUGAUUUCUUCUGGGCGAAGAAUUCUGCUGUACCAUUUCCACAGGUAGCGGAGGAUAUUGAUGCAGAAUUGAUGCGAUAUAAGGCCGAUGCAAAUGAUAUAACGAAGAAGACUGGAGCUUCUUCCAUAGAAGAUCUUCAAAAUGAUACGAGUGCUUCAGCACAACAUUUGAAAGUCGCCAUUACCUUACUUCCAGAAUUGAGAGAACGAAAAGCUGUGCUAGAUAUGCAUAUGAAUAUAUUAGCUGGACUUCUGACUGGCAUAAAGGAUCGACAAUUGGACAACUUUUAUCAAAUGGAGGAAAACAUUAUGAAGCAAACGAAAGCACAAAUGCUUGAGGUGAUAAAUGAUGCGGAUAAAGGCAAAGAACCGACGGAUAAAUUGAGAUUGUUCAUCAUAUGGUACUUAAGUACCGAGCAAGAAAUUACAAGAGCAGAGAUGGACAAAUUUGAAGAGUCAUUGAAAACGGCAGGUGCUGAUACUACAUCUCUAUCAUAUGUCAAACAGUACGUUUCUCACCCUUGUACUAUUCAGGUGAUUCAACUAACGAUUGCCUCAGAGUUCGUACCACAACCCGUAUGACCAUGCUCACCACGGCCCCUACACCCGCUUCCCAACCACCAAGCACAUCCGGUGAUCUUUUCCGUGGGCUUUCUUCCAUUUCCUCCCGCCUCACAACGUCCCUCAAAGAAACUGGUAUCACUAGCAAUUUUGAUAAUAUCAUUUCUGGAGUGAAGAAUUUCCUCCCCGCAAAUCGCGACCUUACUGUUACAAAAAUUACAGAAUCUAUCAUGGAUCCUUCAUCAGCUUCUAGCUCCGCUAUCGCAAAAACGGAAGAUUAUCUCUACUUUGAUCCUAGAUCGGCAAAUGCAAGAGGUACCGUACCUCCAGCUAGCGCGAGCAGAAGGAAUGAAAUGCCAGGUGGUCUAGCAGGGCCUGGUAUCACCCCAAGUUUUGGAAUGCGCAGACAAGGGUUUACUGAGGCGAUUGUUUUUACAGUUGGUGGAGGUAGUAUGGAUGAGUAUGGUAAUUUGCAGGAGUGGGCGAGGAGGGUAAAUAAGGAGGGUGGAGGUAGUGGAAUUGGGAAGAGAAGGGUGGUUUAUGGAAGUACGGAGUUGGUUAAUGCGGAAGAGUUUUUGAGUGGGGAACUAAAGAUUUUGGGUGCUGAAUCUUCGUAGGUGUACCAAUUAGAUGGCAUGAAAGGAGAGAAAAUCACAUUUUAAAAGUGUAUGAAAUGGUAUAUUAGGGGGAGAGAGGAAAAUAUUAGUACAGCGAAAUGUACUGAAUGGAAUAUGUGUUUUCCAUCAUUUCUUUCUCG